CUCACUUAGACACAGCUCGAAUACAAGCUAGAAAAUGGCAGGGGCGAAUAAGUGCCUCAAGUACUCUAUGUUUGCAUUCAACUUCUUAUUCUGGUUAUGCGGCUGCGUCAUUUUGGGUGUGUCCAUAUAUCUGCGUGUUAGUAAAGAUGCUCAACAGAAACUGAAUCUUAGUGGAAGCGGUAUAAUGUCAGGAAUAGAUGUAAUGAUAGCUGUUGGAUCAAUAAUUAUGGUACUUGGAUUUUUUGGAUGCUGUGGUGCCAUAAAGGAAAGUCGUUGCCUCCUAAUUCUGUUCUUUAUUGGUUUGCUUCUGAUCCUGGUUCUUCAGAUAACAGCAGGCGUUUUGGGAGUUGUCUAUAAACCAAAGAUUGAAGCAGCAGUAAACGAGUCUUUAUUUCAACUUUUACCAUUAAAUGAACAAACUCCUGACUUUAUACAAAGUUUGAAAACCAUUGAAAAAGAGAAUAAAUGCUGUGGUAUUUUUAAUGGCAUUCAAGACUGGGGGACUGUUUCUUCUGAAUCAUGUCAGUGCAAAACAGCAUCAGAUCCAACCACAUGUGGGGGUAAUGGAUACUAUAAAGAGACUUGUAAAACUGUAUUCGUUGAUUACUUCCAAAACCACCUACUCAUUAUUAUUGGAAUAGCAUUUGGACUGGCAGUGGUAGAGCUUUUUGGCCUUGGAUUUUCUAUGACAUUGUACUGCCAAAUAGGAAAGAAAUGAGAAGAAGUGUGAGACACUGCAAGCCACUCUCGGAAGUAACCUGUCUGAACACUCCUGCAAUUGCUUUAUUUUAUAAAUAUAUGUUCAACACAAUA